AUGAGCACAGAGUGCGGCUUCUCUCUUUACGCAGAACAUCUCGGAGGAAAGCUUGGCGGAACAAGGUCUCCAGUUUGUGACCUGCUGUACGAAAGAGCAAGACCAGCUUGGCAGAAAUUAACAGCACAUGAGAAACAGAUUUGGACCAAUCGUGCAAUGGAAUUAGCUCGACUAGAUCCCAGAAGAAGAUGCUUCGACUUACAGACAAGCAUUCCAAGAAAUGGCGAGUUCAUGUGA